UCAAAAAAGCGAUAAAAAUAACACUUUUUUUUUUUCACUCCUAUUGGAACCAACAACUACUCAGUCCUCACUCAGUACUUGAGUUCUGAGUAGUUGGUUUAUCAAUAACAAACUGGUCAAUGCACUCACCAUUGAAGAGAAAUGCAGAUUGCAUUGAAUUUUUAUGAAGAGAUUUCACAAUUAUAAGUAGAGAAUUUGGGAUUGUAUAUCAGAGAGGGAGAGAUAAGAAAUGGCAAUCCGAGCUGACAGAAAGAAUUAUUUCAUGUCGGUAGAAUUUGCUAUGCAAAGAGAUAUGGAUUACAGGAAAAAGCUGGAAAUAAAAGGUUCUGCCCAAUCUCACUUACCAGAGGUGCCAAGACUAACUUCAAGCCAAGAUACAAGGGGAACACCUCGGCCAACUUUGAAUGUGAAUAUGAAUUCAGCUUACUUGCCUCAGAAUCACGGUUCAGUACCACCUGCAAGGCCUUCUCCGUAUCCAUAUCCCCCACAUCCAAGACCAAGCCCAAGUUCAUGUCCAUCCCGGUCUGCUGAUCAGCGCCGGAAUGGCCCUGUACCUCUUCCAGAAGGAAUUUUCACAUGCAAAGUUUGUCAGCUUGACUGCAAAACUGGCUUCAAUCUACUGUCACACUACCAAGGUCAAAAGCACAAGGCCAAAGUGCGAGGUGAAAAGGGUAAGGAAGUUGCUGUUGGAUCAACACCAAGAGAAAAUGAGAAACGACCUUACUGUGAUGUGUGUCGGAUCUGGUGUGCUGACGAGUAUACUUUCAGGCUGCACUUCAGCUGCACGAACCACAUUCUCCGACAGUAUGAUUGGCUGAUGAAAAAAAGGAUGGUCAUAUAACACUGUAUGAUUAUAUCACAGUUAAUGCUCUCUGAUAAUGCCAUAAAAAAAGAAUGGUCAUAUAACACUAUAUAAUUAUAUCAGACAGUUAAUUGCUCUCUAAUAAUGCCAUUUUAGGUCAGGUGAAGGGAGGACUAACAAUAUGUUUGUCGUUCAUCGUUCAUUCAUUAGUAUUAUCCACCAAAAUUCUGCUGCAUUUAAGAAUAUAAAUCAAGUGUCCUGUUAUAUGUAUGGAUGUUCUUAUCAAGACACUAGGAAGUGUAUGGUUAAUCUUCUUUAUUAACAAAUUCGUCCACUGUUUUUUGUUUCGAAUUUUAGUAGUAUUACAAAGCUUGGGUUUUGUUUGGUACUCGUAUUAUACAACUAGAGUCAUACAAUAUGCACAUUGCACAUAA